AUGAGCCAAGGCACGACUCCUGUUCCCUCGACCGAGGGCGGCGCCCAGAGCGUGUCGGAGGCCGAGCUCGAUGCCAUGCAGAGCAUCCUCGACUUCAUCUACGACUACAGAACACCUGACGGCCAUGACCCGUCCAAGGUCUUCCAGAGAAUGGUCAACAAGCGUCUCCUCCCGGUCUACUACGAUAUCAUCCAGGAGCCCAUGGCAAUGAGCACGAUAAAGAGCAAGAUCAACAACAAGAACUACCGGGGCUUCGCUGAGUACGUGCGCGACUGGGCCCUCAUUAUUCACAACGCACAACUCUUCAAUCGACCCGAUGCAGGUGCCUACCAAGACGCCUUGGUCCUUCGCGACGUCGUCGGUGCCGAACUCAAGAAGCUUGUCGACCUCAAGGUCAUCUCUGAAGAAAUCUCACAAUUUCCAUACCUCGGUGAAAUUCCUCCUCCCGACGACUUUCCUCUCGAAGAGGAAGACGACGAGGACGACGAGGAAGAUGAGGAGGAUGAUGAGAUUGACGCCGAAGACUCAGACGACGACGGCGGCAAGCGCAAGAAGAAACGCGGUCGUCCUUCAAAGCGUGACCGUGACAUGGACAGAGACAACGACCCGGACACUCGCAAGAAGCGCGGCAGACCACCAAAGGUGCUCACACCAAUCGAAGCCCGCAUCCAGGCUGUCCUCAAGGGCAUCAGAAAGCCCAAAGGUCCUGGCGGACUCAAAAUCGCAUCAUUCGAACGUCUUCCCGACAAGGCUGUUAUGCCCGAGUACUACACGGAGAUUCUCAAUCCCAUGGCCUUCGACAUGCUUAAGCGCAAGCUGAAGAGAAAGAAGUACCAGUCGCUCGAGCAGUUUAUGAGAGACGUGGAUCUCAUGUUCGAAAACGCGAAGAAAUACAACGAGGAUGAGAGCCAGAUUUACAAGGACGCUGUUGAAUUACAAGCUGAGGCGCACCGUCUAGCCAACGAGGAGCGCAACAAGCCCGACACGGACUAUGUCAUGGACGAAGGAAGGAUUCCCCUGCCUACUGGUAUCCUGUACAAUGGCGAGCUGUACAAGGUUGGCGACUGGGUGCACGUCCAGAACGCGAACGACUUGACGAAACCCAUCCCCUGCCAGAUCUACCGCACCUGGCAAGACCCGCAAGGCGGCCAGUGGGUCAACGUCUGCUGGUACUACCGUCCCGAGCAAACAGUGCACCGCUUCGACAAGCACUUCUUGGAGAACGAGGUUGUCAAGACGGGCCAGUACAGAGACCAUCGCGUCGACGAAAUUGUCGGCAGAUGUUUCAUCAUGUUCACGACACGCUACUACAAGGGCCGUCCUCGCCGUCUGCCCGCCGACAUGGACAUCUACGUCUGUGAGGCUCGUUACAACGAGGAGAAGCUCACCUUCAACAAGAUCAAGACUUGGGCCAGCUGCCUGCCAGACGAAGUGCGCGACAAGGACUACGAGAUGGAUCUCUUCGACAUGCCCCGCAAGAUGAAGAAGAUGCCCAGCCCGAUUGCAUACCUCCUGAAGGACAGCGACAAGGAGACAGACGAUCUGCCCAAGCCCGAGUGGGGAGCUGAGAACGCGCCCCCUAAAAUCGGCGCCGUCCACAGACGCCCGCGCGACGCCAGAGACUCUCCUCCGCCUGAGCCGACUCCCUCACCUCCACCUCAACCUCUCGUCGCGCCUCCCCAAGCCCGCCAAUCAUCACACAUGUCUCCGUCCAUGCCGGCACCUGCCAUGCAAGCCUACUCGCCCAUGCAGACUCAGAUGACUCCCAUGCAGCCGACUCCUGCGCCUACUCGUCCUAUGCAACCGCUGCCUCGUAGCUCGCACACUCCCGCUCCCGCUCAGCACUACAUGCAGCAGCAAUCUGCUUCACCCGCUCCCAUGCCUAGCUUGCACCGCGCCGCCUCAACCCAGCCUGGUCAAUUCGCUCCCGCCACCCCUCAGCCAAUGACCGGUCUUCCUAUGCCUCGCACCUCCAGCUUCCAGCAGUCGGCAUCUACCAUCCCACCCGCUCCCACCACCGGCCGCUCAUCCUACCGCGACCCCGCUCCUAUCGAGGUCUGGACUCUACCUGAUGCUGCCAACGCCAGCAUUCCACCCGAGAUCCGCAACAUGUACCAGACUGACGACCAAGGUCGCGUCCUCUUCUUCGCCAAUCCUCCCGUCGUCCUCGCCGACGAGCCCAACGACCCCAACAAGAACCUCGGUCAUAGUCUCGCCUACCUCGCCGAAAAAUCCCGCCGCUCCGCCAAAACCCAGGACAUUGUCGCCAGACGCAAGGCCUACGAACAAGGCAAGCUCGAGCUAGCAGCCAAGAAGAAGCGCCAUCGCGAACAUGACGAGGAGAUGAGACAGGGCGACUACGAGACCCAGGUCAACAGAGCUCUCAAUAUGUUCAACCAACACCUUGCCCGCAACACUGCGUCGGAGUUAAAGGCCAUGUACGGCGAAGAGGGCUGGGAGGAAGGCAUGGAAGCCAUGCUCUCCAACGUCGAGCAGCAACAAAAGCUCGCCGCUCAACGCAAGGUUCUCAUGGAGAAGAAUGCAGCCCAACGCGCUUCCGAACAGGUCUCUCUCAAGUCCAACGGUGUCAUGUUCGACAUCGUCGGGGAUGAUGGUCCCUCCUACUAA